AUGGACUCUAUAUUCAUGAAAGUGGAUCAAAGACCAACCAAGAAACAGUCCACAGGUAACCUCUCUCCUGCUCAGUGGUCAGCUCUGGUUGUCAUCCUACUGUCAUCAGAAGAAGAUCUGGAUGUGUUUGACUUGAAGAAAUAUUCUGCUUCAGAGGAGGCUCUUCUGAGGCUGCUGCCAGUGAUCAAAGUCUCUAAAAAUGCUCUGUUGAGUGGCUGCAAGUUGUCCAAGAGAGGAUGUGAAGCUCUGUUGUCGGCUCUUAGCUCUAAAUCAUCUAGUCUCAUAGAACUGGACCUGAGUAACAACAGCCUUAAGGAUGAAGAAGUGAAUGUGCUGUGCGCUGGACUGAAGAGUCCACACUGUAAACUGAAAAUACUCAAGCUGAGAGUAUGUAACCUGUCAGAGAGAAGCUGUGAAGCUCUGUCCUCAGUUCUCAGCUGUAAAUCAUCUAGUCUGAGAGAACUUGACCUGAGUAACAAUGACCUACGGGAUGAAGGAGUUAAGCUGCUGACUACUGGACUUAAGAUGCCACACUGUACACUGGAAGCGCUCCGAUUAUCUGGCUGUUUGAUAACAAACAAAGGCUGUGCUUCUCUGGCCUCUGCCCUGAGCUCCAACCCCUUCCAUCUGAGAGAGCUGGACCUGCGGCACAACCAUCCAGGAGAGUCAGGAGUGAAGCUGUUGUCUACUGGAUGGAAGGAUCUAAACUGGAGACUGGACAUUGUGUGUUUGGAGCCAUGUAGAGUUUGCUGGCUGAAACCAGGUCUGAGGAAGUGUGAGUACAUUUCUGUGGAGUCAGCUGAUCAGAAUAUUUAUGGCCAUACCAUACCUACAUUAUGGGUUCUUGAGAGUAAAACGUGUCUGUACAGGCUUGACAUUCUGCAGAGAUGAUUCAUUCAAACAUUAAAGAUUUUAAUCCAAAUGCAUACAAGACUGUGUCAUCCACAUAAAACAGAUAUAAGGGAUCAUGAGGCAGCAAUAAUAUGACCAGCACUUCUUCUUAGUGUUUUUUUUUUUUUCUGAUGGAGUUAAAAACUGACCUGUGAUUUUUGCCUUGUCAAUCAGAUGCUUGUGCAGUCACACUGAACUCAGAUUCAGCAAACAGAUUUGUCAGACUGUCCGACAGCAACAGAAAGGCAACAAUGGAGAUAGAGAGGCGGUCAUAUCCUGAUCAUCCAGAGAGAUUUGAAAACUGCAAACAGGUGCUGGGCAGCAAAAGUCUGAAUGGUCGCUGUUACUGGGAGGUGGAGAGGAAGGGAGAGGUGUUUAUUGGAGCGGCAUACAACAAACUGAAGAGGAGGGGAAAGGGUGACGACAGUCUUCUAGGGAUGAACAAAGAGUCCUGGAGUGUUUUUUGCUCUGAUAAAAGCACAUUCAGUGACUGGAAAGACGACAGAAGAGAGGUUGUGUUUUCUCCCUUUCUCUCCAAUAGCAAAAUAGACAAUAUAAAAUAGACAAUAUAAUUAAAAAGGAAAGAAAAUAGAAAUGAAUUGAUGUAUAUUCAUUUUAACAUGAUAUAGUGCAAGAAUGAACAGCAAAUAUUUAAAUACAGAUUUUAAAUAUAGAUAAUAACUGUGGGUGUUGAAAUGAAUUUGUACAGACUUAUUGCACAGUGCAGAGUACAGGGUGAGGUCUACAUGGAGCAGUGCUGAUUGUACAGUCUGACAGCAGCAGGGAGGAAGGACCUGCGAUACCUCUCCUUCACACACUGAGGGUGUAUCAGCCUG